GAAGCAAGGAGGGAGGUAGAAGAGAGAUCCACCUGAAGCUCACACCUACCGCUGCCCUUACCCACUGCUCCCCCCCCUGCCCCUCAACGCUCUGAGGAGAGAAAGUUCUUUGUGUGUGACACCUGAAGCCUGGGAUGCUGCUGACCAUGCUGCUGGCUCCUGUCUGUGUGCUACUGAUGCUGGGGGCGCGUGCUCUUGCUGGAGGCUAUCCCCCCGUUGCUCACAUGAAGUACAUGCAGCCCAUGAUGAAAGGGCCUAUUGGACCCCCAUUCAGAGAAGGCAAGGGACAUUAUGUUGAUAUGCCACCCAUGAUGGAAGUGAAGGGGGAACCAGGCACCCAAGGGAAACCUGGACCAAGAGGCCCCCCUGGGUCAGCAGGACUUCCAGGAAAACCUGGACUGGGCAAGCCAGGUCUCAAUGGCCAGCCAGGCCCUCAGGGGCCUUCUGGUUUUCCAGGAAUUGGUAAACCUGGACUUCCAGGUCUCCCAGGAAAGCUUGGUCCAAAGGGGAUGUCAGGGUUUAAUGGUGAGGUUGGACCUCGUGGUGAACCAGGUUCCAGAGGUUCUCCAGGGCAGCCCGGCCUCCCUGGCCCAGCGGGCCUGUCUCUGAAUGGAAAACCUGGACUUCCGGGCAUCAGAGGCCCCUUUGGGGCUCAAGGUGAACCAGGAUUAAAGGGUCUCUCAGGCCCACCGGGUGAACGUGGGUCUAAGGGCGAGAAUGGACAAGGCAAGCCGGGGCCUUCAGGUAUACGGGGUUCUCCUGGGCUGAAAGGCAGUUCAGGACCACCUGGUCUUCCAGGUAUAGGCAAACCAGGACUAAAAGGUUUACCUGGCCUGCCUGGUCUUAAAGGUGAUCAUGGAUUCUCAGGGGAACCAGGGGAACCAGGAGAGGCUGGGGCUCCAGGUCUACAAGGUCUGCCAGGGCCAGUUGGGUUAGGGAAGCCUGGGCUAGACGGACUGCCUGGAUCACCAGGUCCCCUUGGUCCAAAAGGUGAGGCAGGGCCCAGGGGUUCUCCUGGAUUUCCUGGGACUCCUGGCUAUGGAAAACCUGGUCUCAGUGGGCCAAAAGGAGAUAAGGGCUAUGGUGGAUUGCCUGGUCUCCCAGGGGACAAGGGAGAGCAAGGAAUGGUGGGCCCAAUUGGGGAACCAGGCCUUGAUGGACAAUCAGGACCACCAGGACUUCAAGGCCCAAUGGGACUCCCUGGAAAACAUGGAAUGCCAGGGCAGAAGGGAGAGCUGGGGCCCCAAGGGCCUCCCGGACUGCCUGGCCUCAGAGGCGACCAAGGCCCCAUUGGAUCCUUUGGAAAACCUGGCAUCCCUGGGGACAAAGGCAUCCCUGGUUUUAAUGGACCUAUUGGUAAACCUGGACCUAGAGGUGAAGCAGGGCAUAUUGGCCUACCUGGCAAUCCAGGGCUGACAGGUAUUCCAGGAUCUAAAGGUGAGACAGGGUUUAUAGGGACUCCUGGCCCCAGGGGCCAGUCAGGCAUUCCUGGUCUACAGGGUCCCAUGGGUCCCAUGGGGCCACAGGGUAUCCCUGGAACAAAGGGUGAUGGUGGACUUCCAGGGCCUCCAGGACUGGGUAAGUUGGGAGAGAAGGGAACUAUAGGUCCCCAGGGUCCUCCAGGGAAACCAGGUCCUUCUGGGCUUAAUGGUAACCCCGGCACUCCUGGUCUUCCAGGCCCCCCCGGGCCUCCAGGAAAUGGCCAAACAGUUGUUGCAGGUCCAACAGAUUCACAGUUGGAAGGGGAUGAAGUACCAGGGGACAGGAAAGGGCCUGCAUACAGUCAAGUCCCACUCUCUGCCUCUGUGGCACCAGCCUUCACAGCCAUCCUCACCACACCAUUCCCUCCCUCUGCCAUGCCAAUCAAAUUUGACAGGACCCUGUACAACGGGCAAAAUGCCUACAGCACUGCUACUGGCAUGUUCACUGCUCCUUUAUCUGGUGUCUACUACUUUGCAUACCACAUGCAUGUAAAGGGAACUAGCCUGUGGGUGGCACUGUACAAGAACAAUGUACCAGCCACUUACACCUAUGAUGAAUACAAGAAAGGCUACAUGGACCAGGCGUCCGGUAGUGCUGUCCUAGAGCUGAAGGAGAGUGACCAGGUAUGGAUCCAGAUGCCCUCGGAUCAGGCAAAUGGCCUCUAUUCUACCGAGUACAUCCAUUCCUCCUUCUCAGGAUUCCUGCUCUGUCCCACAUAACCCUGUCCUUUCAUUCAAACAUGUUCCUGUAUUGGCACCUCAGAGGAGCCCCAAACCUAAAAUACCUGCAGCCAUAACAGAAACACAAAACCCAUAGGAUUAUCAAUAGUAUUGCCAUCAUCUUUAUCUGUCUCACCCUCAGCAACAUCAGCGAAAGAAAAAACAAACUUUGUGAAGGAAAUAUGGAAAGAUUUAAAAGAAUGGGGAAGGAAUUUCAUACGGUGUUCUUUAUUUCAAUGUCCUUCAAACGUGUGUUUUGGGUUAUAUUUUAUGUUGGUGUGUUUUAGCUUAUAUUAUUUUAAUUAUUAUAUUUUCAUAAUUUUAUUGUUAUUAUUUGGUCCUUGUCAUCAUUGUUGUUGUUGUUGUUUAUCGGAUUAAGACUAUUACGUGCCUUACUUUGUAAUGUGCUAGUAACAGACCUUCCCAUGUGACUGCACAUCCUGCCCAAAUGCUCUGACAUCACCAGACCCUGGGGGGUGAUUGGUUUCUCUGGCUGCAGUCACGUCCCCCUUGUGUUCUUAUUUAAACCGUGAAUGGCAAUACUGACAUAAAGAACAAUGAUACAAUGUAGAAAAUAUAGACAAACAAUAGCAAAACAAGGCAUUUUGUGCUGUUAUACCAUUACUUUUCACGUUUCUUUUGUUUGGCCUUUUUGGUACUCUAAACAAUUGCAGCGUUAAAAUUAUUAAUGGGAUUAAAUGUUUUAAGAGUGAGAUAUAUAUUAUGACAAUCAGUUGGCAUCUGUAGGGUGCUUAUUUCUCUGCUUCUUUCUGAAUUUAGUAGGCGACCAUUUAAAAUGACUUUUAUCUUUUUUUAUAAUUUAUUGAACGGUCCAGAAAUACAAUCCAAGAGUAAAUAUGACCUCACAGUAUUAGAAAACGUUAAUUUUAAAUGCCCUUUUAAAGAGGAUAUUGCAAGGACAAUUCCUUUUUUUUUUUUACUUUCAGGACAAUAUUAAUUAAGGACGAUAUGUAUGCAUACAGUCAGUGUUUACAUGCCAUAGAAUAGAUACUGGUAGUAACUGCAAAAUGGACAGUAAAGACAAGUCUAGCUGGAUUGAUGGCCUGUUUCCUUGUAUCGAUCUGAUUUUUCCCAUUUGCACUGCAAGUCCCAUCACCAUGUCACAGACAUCCAUGAAAUUACUGUUUUCUAAUGGUAUACAACCUAUUAAUGAAUAAGUAAGCGAGCAAUAUGUACAUCCAUGCUAUGAAAGCCCAUGGUCACUGACUGCAAUAUCUGUGAAGAUGCUAUAACUGUUUAGAAAAAUAGGGACGCAAAUGGUUGACAAACAAAAUACAUCCACUUCUUUCUUCAAUGCUAGUUUCUAUGUGAUUUGGUGCUGGGCAAAUGAGAGCAAUUCUGAAUAAUUUUUGAAUGAAAACAGUGUCUAUUUAUUCCCAAACCAUUGUGUCUAAAACAGGUGAAUUAUUGUUUAGCGUAAUGUAACAUCCGUGGCUAAAAGGACAAAAUGUUUCCGGACCGAAUAAUUUCAAAAGUAUUCAGCCGGAAAUGAGAAUCAAUCUGCAUUUUCUCCAUGAAUAAGUAAAGGGACUGACUGAGGCCCACAGGUUGUGAAAUACAGGUUGUGUAACAUUUAACAAACCCUUGCCAGAUUUCUGGGAGAGGUGGUGGGCCAGAGGUGAGAGUGGUGUAUUUACUCAUUUCUGUUGGAUGAGGCAUUAAAGAUACAUGCUGUGUGUGUAUGUGUGUGCUUGCAUGUUCUAGUAGGUGUACCCUUCUGUCUGUCACUGUGUCAAUAUACGUGGGUGUGUGUGUGUGUGUUUGUGUGUUUGUGUGUGUGUGUGUGUGUGUGUGUGUGUGUGUGUGUGUGUGUGUGUGUGUGUGUGUGUGUGUGUGUGUUUGUGUGGUUCACAUUGUCCCCCUGACAUUCGGGUCAUGAGCACUUCAGCGAGGAUAAUAACAAACUUGAGUGAAGUUACAAAACCUUAGGAAGAGCUGACAGUCCUGUUAAUGUUCCACAAGUAAUCUGACUUCAAAAUCUUCCAGCCUGCUUUGGGUUUUUAAGAAGAAUCCACACACUCUAAUGUUUCGUUUGCAAAUUAAGGGAACAAGUUAUAACAUUGGUAAAUGUAAUGAGUAGAUUAAGGGAGACAAAAUCAACAUACUGAGAUAAGAAGACAUUUACUAAACAUAAAUUACUGGUUAACACUGAACACUUUUGGCUAUUUUACAUAUUGGUCCUAUGAGUGGCGUAAUGGCGUGCAAUCACUUUUAGUGUUGUUCCAAAUCAUGAACACAAAAUAUAUUUUAUCAGUGGUUGCAAUUAAAGAAGAGAGGAAGUUUGGGCAGAAUUGAGAAGAAGUAGUUUAUAUUACCGACUCUGUGCCUUUUUAUUAUGCCGCCCAAACGCUAUCAUUACACUGAAUUUAGGACUAUCUUACACCUUGAUGGAGGAAUGUCAAUGUAUAGGAGGAUUGUGCCAAAUAUUGUGCUUUGCAAUCAGAUUUAAUGUACACUGUUUGACUGAUUUACAAUAGUUUCUAUAAAUCAUCUACCAUGCUCUGUCACUAUUCAUAAACAGUAACUCUUCUGGAAAAGCAGUGCUAGGAUAAGGCCUAAUCAGUAUUUUAAAUCUAUGUAAUUCAAACAAUGCACUUGCUCUUACCCUUUCUGUUUCAUGACAUCAACACAUCUACAACUGUUAGUAUCAUUAUUGUUAUGUGAGUCUACAAGACAGUCCGAGGCUCGUUAUGUACUGUAUUUUGCCUUUUUUUUGUCGCCUUCUAAUUUUGGACCUAUGAAAUGGUGAUGAGAGUUACAUGUGGCUGUAACUCUCUGUCCUUAUCUUUUCAUACAAAAUGUCACUUGCUUGCAGAGUUUGCCCUGUGUGCAAAUCAUUUAACAAGUAAGAUCCGUGUACCGUCUCGAUCACAAAUGGCUUUGAAGUGUUUUCUGUUUUUCUUUAAAAAACAAACAAAAAAAGAUGUAAAAAAAAUAAAAAGCCUUGCUUCGGUUAUUAAGGGAUAUUUGUUUGUUUUAGUUUCAAUAAAUACAAACGGCCAUUCCCAUUUGCACAUGAAAUUAAUGAAGAUGUAUUUAUACAUUUAUGAUAAUUUAAUAGGGAUGCCAAAACUGACCACCGAAGCCUAGAACGUAUAAAUGGUAUUUAACAGCAUUGAUGAGUUAAGAGCAUUUACAACAUGUAGUUAGCAUUCUAGAGUUGUUUGUGAAGGAUUAUUUGUGGACUUUUAUUUUCUAUUUGCGUAACGUACAAUGUAUCAAUUUAUAGGAUUUUUGUCAUACAAGGCUAUUGCGUGCACUCUAUGCAAUAGAAUUUGGGUAUAAAAUGCACUCUUUUUGAUUGAAAAUGUUUGUCUGCUUAUACAAAAUCUACAGUACUUGAUUGUAUUGAUACCACAUCAAUAAAAACCUUCUUGUA